GAGAGAAAAAAUACACAAACCUUAGGAAUACUACAAAGUGAAAGUUUGAAUGGGAGAAAUUACUAGGUCUCGAGGGAAGUGAGACUUUUUGCCUCCAGGUGAAUCUUUUAAACAGAAGGAAGCCAUCUUCUUGGGUGAUUAUGCCUUCAGUAUUCAGCCAAUGAAAAAGUGGAAACAGCUGGACCAACAGCUUUAAAGAAGAUUGGUCGAGGCAAGGAGCCUAAGGAGAGAACUUCCUGGAUUUUUGGAGCCGUGAAAGCAACCACAGCUGCUGCUGAAGUCCUGUGUGACAGGCAGGAUUGAAACUCUGGUAUUUGAUUGGCUACUGCUCCAGCAAAAGAGACUGAAUCCAGUCUGUGCACUUUCCAGAAACUUCAGUUGGCUGACCCGUGUGUGUGUGUCGGUAGGGAUUUGGACCAGGACUAAGCAGGUUUUUAUCCCACUAAUCUACCUUAUUCAGGAGCCUGGACUAGCAGUCUAGAGACAUGUCUUUCUUUAUCUCUCAGCAUAGAAACCUAGAGGAUAACUUAAUUUGGGAUGAAUCAGGCAUUCAGGAUGAUGGAAAUCUGGAUGUGGCCAAGCCCAGCAUGAGAAGUGAAAAGAGAAGGCAGAGAACGUUUCUGCAGUGGCCAUCCACUGCCCCUGUUUCAGGCCUGGACCUCGCCAAGGCUGGUUUCUUCUUUGUUGGACCAGGAGACAGUGUAAAGUGUUUUUGUUGUGGUGGGAUUCUGAAGAGCUGGGUGCCUGGGGAUUCACCAAUCUUGGAGCAUCAGCGUUUUUUCCCCAACUGUGACUUUGUCCUUGGCAAGAAUGUUGGCAACCUUCCCACCUUCCCACCCAGGCAAGCCUCAGACUGUGUGGAUGGGCAGAUCCUGAGCCAGCUGCAGAGAAUUUCUGAGGAGGAAGAGGAGGAAGAGGAGGAGCGUGGGCUGGCCAGGCAGCCCACAUACCCGGAUAUGGAGCCAGAAGAGAUGAGAAGGGCAACGUUCCACAACUGGCCACUGAAUGCCAUGGCGCAGCCAGAACAACUGGCCAGAGCAGGCUUCUUCUAUUCAGGCCACCGUGAUAAGGUGACUUGCUACUACUGUGAUGGUGGCUUGAGGAACUGGGAACAAGGGGAUGAUCCCUGGAGAGAACAUGCUAAAUGGUUUCCAAGAUGUGAGUUCUUGCUUCAAGCCAGAGGAAGGGACUACGUCAACAGCAUUUGUGACUUGUAUUUCACUCCCAUGGAAUCCUUGGGCAGUUCAGGAGAGCUGAAUGAACAAGAGUCCACGGUGGCCCAAGGACCUGUUAAGAGUGCCCCUGAGACUCCUGCAGUCAGAAUGGAGUCCCAACCUGAGUGCUCAGAAGAAGCAGGAAAUCUGAGCACAGAAGAGCAGCUGCAGCGCUUGCAAGAAGAGCGAACGUGCAAAGUGUGCAUGGACCGCAUGGUUUCCAUUGUUUUUGUCCCCUGUGGCCACUUGGUAGUCUGCACAGAGUGUGCCCCCAACCUGCAGCACUGCCCUAUAUGCAGAGCCCUCAUACGGGGGAGUGUGAGAACUUUCAUGUCUUAAUCUUGUAGAGACCAGCAAAGAGCACCUGAGAUCUGUUGGUGAUGAGUAGGAUUCGAGGCCAGGUUUGUUGAACUGCCUUGCCUCCUUCAUGCUCCAUUAGAAGGGGAAUAUGGAGCCUUUUUUUAUUAAUAAUAGUAUCAUCCCCACCUUCUAUGAACUUAGUGCCUAGCUAGAAGCAUUUUAUGGUGUUUUUACUAUAUUUCUUCAGAUCUUCCACUCUCUGCUGAAAUUGUGAGGGUGUUCAGGAAAAUUCUUUUGGAUUCAGUGUUUUAGAACCUGAUUUGGUCUCUGAAUCUGUACUUCUCUGCUGCUCUUGGGGAGGCUGGGAUGAAGUGACAGUCUCUUUCCCAUUCUCUUCCAGCCCCGCCCCCUGCAAACCUUCAGAAAGGCAGUGCUAGCUUUACUGCAAACUCCUGGUUUCUGAUUCUGUAGAAAGGAGAAACUUUUCCAUAGCAACUCCUCCAACUUCCUUUAGCAAUUGCAAAUUUCAAGAUAUCACAGUGAUUGGAGCAGUAUGCCUGAAUAAGGCCUCCUACUAAACUAGCUUAAUUCCAUAAAUUAAAAAUCUUCAGACUCAUCCUGGAGAAGAGAAAAUCUCAUAAAUCUUAAACGACCCAAUGGGGAAACUUUUUAUUUUAUAUUUUUUUAGAAGAUCAUUUAAGGGGAAAUGUAUGCUUUUGUUUUGCUAUGAAUAAACUUAAAUUUUCUCAAUUUUGUAAUAAAUAAUUGUAGUGACAUAAACAAAUA